AUGAGGCUGCUGCGACUGUCACUCUUACUAAUUGCUACUGAUCAGGCCCUGGCGAGCACUACACGAUCUUGUCGAUGUCAACCUGAUGAACCGUGCUGGCCAUCCGAAGCCCAAUGGGCUUCUCUCAACUCGUCUAUCGAUGGCAACCUGCGAUCCGUGAAGCCUCUCGGCUACGCAUGCCAUGCACCCAACUAUAAUGCCACCGAAUGUAUGCUCAUCAGGUCAAACAUGCAUAACUCGACAUACCGAUCAUCCCAGCUAGGUGCUGUACAACACGAGAACUGGGGCGCAUGGCCUUCCAAAGGGGAGCAAUGUUAUAUCGAAACGCCUACAUCUGAACCAUGCGCACAAGGCCGAAUCUCGCUAUAUUCCGCCAUUGUCGAGACAGCCUCGCACAUCCGGACUGUUGUCCGGUUCGCGGCGAAGUUCAACAUCAAGCUCGUGAUCAAAAACACAGGACAUGAUUUCCUCGGUCGUUCAAGUGCCCCGAACUCGCUCCAGCUGUUCACCCAUAACAUGAAAAACAUCACAGUGGCUCCUAACUUCACGCCAACCGUACCGGACGGAGUGACGUCGCCACGGGGCGUCAAGGCUGUUACUAUUGCGCCCGGUGUGCAAUUGCACGAGAUGUACAAGUACCUGGGCGCCCGCAACCUUAUGAUUGUCGCAGGGUCUGCGAAUACAGUUGGGUUCGCCGGGGGCUAUGUCCAGGGCGGAGGCCACUCUCUUCUCGGAUGGUUGCAUGGCAUGGCGAGUGACAAUGUUCUCGAGUUCCAGGUUGUUCUGGCGGACGGGAGUCUGGUCUAUGCGAAUGCGUAUCAAAACACAGAUCUUUUCUUCGCGCUGCGCGGGGGCGGUGGCGGGACGUUUGGCGUCGUGGUUAGUGUUACAACCAGAGCGCAUCCUGAUUAUCCGGUAACAAUGGCACGUCUCAAUUAUACUCGGCCGGUAGGGGACGGCCGAUUUUGGGACGGAGUGGAAGCCAUGCACCGCCAUGUGUUGGGGCUCAAUGACGUCGGGGGCACCGGCUUCUACUACGUUACACCGCGGAGUGAAAUGUCGACAGGCCAAUAUGAGUCGGUAUGCAAGCUUGAUAUGAUGUUUGUCAAUCAGACGGAUAUAGCCGCGACCAAGCGGUUAUUUUCGCACAUCCUGGCCGACAUACAGACGGCGACUGGCACCGUUCCGUCUUUCGAAGUGUCCGCGUUUUCAUCUUUGUCGAGCUGGCAGUCAGCUUACUUCACAGGAAAUGACACAACCGGUAAGCUUGUUCAGCUUGGAUCGCGCCUCGUAUCUCGAGAUUUCUUCCUGGAGGAGGACGGUCCUGCCAAAGUCACGAAAGCAAUAUCCAAGCUCCGGUCCCAUCCGGGUGACUAUACCCAAGGUAUUAUCAUGGCGGGUGGGCAGGUUGCGAGAAACAAGCACAUUGUGAGUGGGUUGAACCCAGGAUGGAGAGAUGCGCUAGUCCAUCUGCUUUUUGUCCGCCGCUGGAACACAUCUACCACUGCCAAAGAGCAAGCGGAACUAUCUAUGUCUAUCACUAAUCACGAGUUACCGAUCCUCAACGACCUCGAGCAAGGCAGAAUGGGCGCAUAUAUGAACGAGGCGGACGCAAACGAACCGAACUUCCAGAAAUCCUUCUGGGGCCACAACUAUGAAAGACUCUAUGCAGUCAAACAGCACAGCGACCCUGAUGGUCUUUUCAUCGUGCGAAAAGGUGUGGGGAGCGAGGAUUGGGACGAUGAUGGGAUCUGUCGCAUAUGGCCUGCCUAG